GGGAUCCGGAGCCCUAGCGCGCCUCGCUGACUUUCACUCCUCCUCUGCUGCCGCCCCGUGGGCAGCUUCUCCAAGCGAGACGCGCGUUCGAUCCUCCUUCCCCGCGUUUACGGAUUUCCGGGGGCGUAGAAUUUUGCCUCGGUCCCUACGAGCAUCUCUCGGCCUCUCUCCCCCUCCCCUCGCGACUCCCCCACCCCGUGGGCGCGCGCGCACCCAUACACUCACACUCGCAGGCGCGCGUGCGCACGCCCGCGCGCCUCCAGCCGCGGAGUCUCCAGCGCCCCUCAGCAGAUCCCCGCUCUCCUGGGCGCCGCUACUCACACAGGCUUCCAGCCGCCACGGGGCGUCCUCUGUCUGCUGCAGCGGCGGCGGCGGCGGAGGCAGAGGGAACGGCGACUGCAGCCCGGCCGCGUCUCCCAGCUCCGUGCUCGGGACAGAGUCCGGGAGAAGCAAAGAAGGAGGAGGACGCCGAGGCUAGGAGGAGCCGCGCCGCGCCCGGCGCCCCAGUCCGCGCAGCGGGUUGCCUCCGCUCCCCAUACGGCGGCCCCAGGUCCUUUGCUGCCAGCAUGAUGUCAUAUUUAUAAUAUGUGGAGGAGAGAGAGCUCACCAUGCUCAGGUAAAGGGAUGGUAUGUGCACCACAAAUAACAAGCAGAAGCCUCUGGUAUGUCAGAACCACGCUGUCUUGCAUGGGACUUCCUUUGUGAAGAGCAUCCAUUUAAAAGACUUUUAUGAAUACAUGGUUUCAAUCAAGUCCCCCAAAGAACACAUUUGUCUUCUGAGCUGCUGGCAGUUUUGAGAAUCUGAUGACCUCCGAGGGGACCUUGCACUCAGCCAUCAAAGUGCUCCUGCCCCCCUGGAUGCUCAUAAUUCAAUGGUAGAUGCAGGUGGAGUUGAGAACAUCACCCAGCUUCCCCAGGAGCUUCCUCAGAUGAUGGCUGCAGCAGCUGAUGGUUUGGGAAGUAUAGCGAUAGACACGACCCAGCUCAACAUGUCCGUGACAGAUCCCACAGCCUGGGCUACAGCCAUGAAUAACCUGGGCAUGGUUCCCGUGGGGUUGCCUGGACAGCAGCUCGUGUCUGACUCAAUCUGUGUCCCAGGCUUUGAUCCAAGCCUCAACAUGAUGACUGGAAUCACCCCCAUUAACCCAAUGAUACCAGGCCUUGGACUGGUACCUCCCCCACCACCAACAGAAGUGGCUGUUGUCAAAGAAAUAAUCCACUGCAAAAGCUGUACUCUUUUUCCUCAAAAUCCAAAUCUUCCACCUCCUUCCACAAGAGAACGACCUCCUGGGUGUAAGACCGUGUUUGUCGGAGGAUUACCAGAAAAUGCUACUGAGGAAAUUAUUCAAGAAGUCUUUGAACAGUGCGGUGAUAUUACAGCAAUUCGGAAAAGCAAGAAGAAUUUUUGUCACAUUCGCUUUGCAGAGGAAUUCAUGGUUGAUAAAGCCAUUUACCUUUCUGGUUACAGGAUGCGAUUAGGGUCUAGCACCGACAAAAAGGAUUCAGGCCGCCUUCAUGUGGACUUUGCCCAGGCCAGGGAUGACUUCUAUGAGUGGGAAUGCAAGCAGAGGAUGCGUGCCCGGGAGGAGCGGCACCGGCGCAAGCUGGAGGAGGACCGGCUCCGGCCCCCAUCCCCACCCGCCAUAAUGCACUACUCAGAGCACGAAGCCGCUCUGCUGGCCGAAAAACUGAAAGAUGAUAGCAAGUUUUCAGAGGCUAUCACAGUGCUGCUUUCCUGGAUUGAACGAGGGGAAGUGAAUCGACGCUCUGCAAACCAGUUUUAUUCCAUGGUGCAGUCGGCCAACAGCCACGUCCGCCGGCUAAUGAAUGAAAAAGCCACCCAUGAGCAAGAGAUGGAGGAAGCCAAGGAGAAUUUUAAAAAUGCCUUAACUGGGAUUCUCACUCAAUUUGAGCAGAUUGUGGCCGUUUUCAACGCUUCUACCAGACAAAAAGCUUGGGACCAUUUCUCGAAAGCCCAGCGCAAGAACAUAGACAUUUGGCGAAAGCAUUCUGAGGAGCUCCGGAAUGCUCAAAGUGAGCAGCUCAUGGGCAUCCGCCGCGAAGAAGAAAUGGAAAUGUCUGAUGAUGAGAACUGUGACAGCCCUACAAAAAAAAUGAGAGUCGAUGAAUCAGCCCUGGCUGCCCAGGCCUACGCUCUCAAAGAGGAGAAUGACAGUCUCCGCUGGCAGCUGGAUGCCUACAGGAAUGAGGUGGAGCUGCUGAAACAAGAAAAAGAACAGCUUUUCCGAACAGAAGAAAACCUCACCAAGGACCAGCAACUGCAGUUCCUGCAGCAAACCAUGCAAGGCAUGCAGCAGCAAUUGCUAACCAUCCAGGAGGAGUUAAACAACAAAAAGUCAGAACUGGAACAAGCAAAGGAAGAGCAGUCCCAUACACAAGCAUUACUAAAAGUCCUGCAGGAACAAUUAAAAGGUACGAAGGAAUUGGUCGAGACCAAUGGCCACAGCCAUGAGGAUUCAAAUGAAAUCAAUGUGUUGACAGUUGCAUUAGUCAACCAAGACCGAGAGAACAAUAUUGAGAAAAGAAGCCAAGGCUUAAAAUCAGAGAAAGAAGCUCUGCUAAUAGGUAUCAUAUCAACGUUUCUUCACGUCCAUCCUUUUGGAGCCAACAUAGAAUAUCUUUGGUCAUACAUGCAGCAGCUGGACUCCAAGAUAUCUGCAAAUGAAAUAGAAAUGCUUUUGAUGAGGCUGCCACGAAUGUUCAAACAGGAAUUCACGGGUGUGGGAGCCACACUGGAAAAAAGAUGGAAGUUGUGUGCCUUUGAAGGAAUUAAAACUACCUAACUGCGAAGAGCAAAGCAUCUCUGGAAAUGAAACCAUGUGAACCUGGCCAGGGCUGUGCUAUGGGGGAGCAGGAGGUGUGGGGUUGGUCCAGCACGCAACCUUUGUGGAGCCAUCGAAGCCUGCCUUUAGUUAUAUCUGUGGCGUUCUCUUGUGAGUGGAAAUGUAAUUGUGUACCAGUUCCUUAAAAUAAACAAAGCUUCAUACUGUGACAGAUCUGUUUCCUAUGAAAACCAAACAAUAAUUCCACAGUCAUAAUGAUGGCAAAAUCUUAAAACAUGCUACAUUUGAGAAUAGCUCACCAAGCAAAAUAUUUAAAGUUAAUGAUGGUGUAGCAAUGAUUGUUGCUAGGCUACAGAGUUGUAUAUGUAAUGUAUAGCUGAAAUCAUUAAAUGACAUUUUCCUGAAAGUCUUUCUGUUUUAGUAAAAAAAAAGAAAAAAGAAAAAGAAAAAAUUUUACAGUGAGGGAAAAGCAUACCAAAAGAAAACUUGAAUAUGUGUCUAAACAGUUAUUGUAUUUUGUAAAUUAAGUUAUAUGCUGUUCCAGGGACUCUUGCCUUAUUGAAGAGGCAGAAAAUAUGAUUGGACACAUUGAGAAUGCUUUAUCAAGAAUAUUAUUUUUCUAAUGUAACAAUUCUCCAUCAUAAGUUCUUUUAACAUGGACUGCAUAACAAUUUUCAUAAAGUGUAAAUAAAGGAAAAACUAGUGUUAUUGUCUUGUACUUGGUAUGUAACAUUCAGGUUUAUGCAUCAAAAUAAACAUUCAGUAAAUAUUCCCGUUACAAAUUUUAUAGCAAAGAUAUUAAUUUUUUUCAAUAAAUAUGACUUCUACCAUA